CCUCAUUUAUAAAACUUUGCGUAGGAUUUGCGUCAGAAGUGGCGUACGGAUGAAACAUAGGACGUGCGUACGCACAGAAAUAUUCGGAUUUAUAAAACCGUGCGCACGCACAUCCUACGGAUUUUUCCCUUAAUAAAUCACAAUCAAUUCUAAAUGUAGCGCAGCUUUUGCGGCUUCAUGACACGCCCAUAAAUAGUCAGUGAAACGCCCACAAGUUAAUAUUCAUUGAUUGCGAAAUCAUGGCAAACACAGAGAGGAAAUCAAAAAAACUUAACUUCACUCAAUGUGAAGUAGAAGUUAUCGUUGGCGAGGUGGAAAAGAGGAGAAAAAUGUUGUUUGGAGGGCACAGUGUGGGCAUUACUAAUGCCAAAAAGGCACUUGAGUGGCAAACGGUGGCAGACGCCGUAAAUGCUGUAGCCUCACAACCUCGGACCGUGGCCGAAAUAAAAAAGAAAUGGUCGGACAUCAAAGUCGAGGCAAAAAAACGUCUAGCGCUCCAUCGCCAGAGUGUGUCUGCCACGGGUGGGGGAAAGGGGACACCGGAGCUGACCCCUCUUGAUGAGAGACUGGCGGCAAUUAUUGGGGAAUCCCUAUUAAGUGGAGUGGUGACUGAGGCGGAGGGGGACACUGACGCGCCAGAUGCACCGGGUGACACAGUUGCUGGGUGUUCCAGCGGGGCCAGUGGUUACGAUGCUGCAGCUGAGCAGCCGUCUGGACCCAGCGUCUCCACGGCACGCGGCUCUCAACCCUCCAGCAGUGGACGUGUCCUCACCGAUGCAGUCCUUGAAAUGCAGAGGGAAGUCAUUAGUUCAAUCAGAGAGGUGGCCAAGGAGUUGGGCGAAAUCAAGACUGCCCUGACUGAAAUAAACUGCACGAUGAGGGAAUUCUUGAAUAAAUAAUAUUUUCCA